UUUGAUGGAAACACUUAACACAGCUGCGACAUUAUUCAUUACAUAAUGGUAUCGUUAUCAGAUCUAUAAAGUCAAAUCCACCCAAUUUAUCACCAUCUUUUCCUUCAAACUUCAGAUCAAAAACUGCACUUUUUUCUCUACCUAAAAACCAGACGAGCACUAAACACAGUUUGUUUUUCGUUUGAAAUCUGAGCAGUCCAUCUUAGAAAAACAUGCUAUUCUAGCUUUGUUUUCGGAUUUAUAUUUCUGGUUUUUUUUUUUUUUUUUCUAAAUCUGGAAAUAUAAAUAUAUUUUGGGUGUUGGGUACUUUUUCUAAAGAUGGAAAGUUCAAGAAGCAGGACGGCAGAGAAGAGAGGGUAUGAAGAAAGUACGGAGGAUCAAGAAGGUGUGAUACCCCAGUCGAAGAAGCCGAAAUUGCCGGGUUUGGCUAGUGUGAUUGUGGAAGCUUUGAAGGUGGAUAGUUUGCAAAGACUUUGUUCAUCUUUGGAGCCUCUAUUCCGCAGAAUCGUAAGUGAAGAAGUGGAGCGUGCUUUGACAAAAUUAGGCCAUGCUCAGCUGGCUGGGAGGUCUUCACCACUGAGAAUACAAGGUCCAGAGGGAAAGAAUUUGCAGCUUCAUUUCAAGACAAGGAUGCCACCUCACCUAUUCACUGGGGCAAAGGUGGAGGGAGAGCAAGGAGCAGCAAUCCAUGUUGUCUUGCUAGAUGCCAGCACAGGCAAUGUCGUGCAUACUGGACCAGAAUCAGCAGCCAAACUGAAUGUGGUGGUUCUUGAAGGUGACUUCAGUGAGGAAGCUGAUGAUGAUUGGACCAAAGAGCAUUUUGAGAGCCAUGAAGUAAAGGAGCGUGAGGGCAAAAGGCCACUUCUGACUGGGGAUCUACAUGUAAUCCUCAAGGAUGGGGUAGGAACUCUUGGAGAUCUUACUUUCACUGAUAAUUCAAGCUGGAUAAGGAGCAGAAAAUUUAGGCUUGGUAUGAAGGUUGCUCCUGGAUACUGUGAGGAGACUCGUGUUCGUGAGGCUAAAACAGAGGCUUUUGCAGUUAAAGAUCACAGGGGAGAAUUGUACAAAAAACAUUACCCACCAGCUUUGCAUGAUGAAGUUUGGCGAUUGGAUAGAAUAGCAAAGGAUGGAGCACUACAUAAAAAACUGAUAAAGGCUGAAAUCAUAACCGUCGAAGAUUUCCUCAGGGUUCUUGUUAGGGAUCAACAGAGAUUAAGAAAUAUUCUUGGGAGUGGUAUGUCCAAUCGGAUGUGGGAGAAUACAGUCGAGCAUGCCAAGACAUGUGUUUUAGGUGAGAAGCUCUAUGUUUACUAUGCAGAUGGAACUCAUAGCACCGGUGCUGUAUUUAACGAUAUAUACGAGCUAAGAGGCCUUAUAGCAGAUGGGCAGUUCUUUCCUUUGGAAUCACUUAGCCACAAUCAAAAGAUUUCAGUCGAUUUGCUGGUGAAGAGAGCAUAUGACAAUUGGAAUCAAGUUGUUGAAUAUGAUGGUAAAGUCCUAAGCUCGCUUAGCAAGAAGCAUGGAACAAGAGCCUCAGCUGCACCUAUUGCUGACCAUAGCCUUGUCAUAGAUCAUUAUUCUACAGCUGCACAGAACAAGCAGCAGUAUGUCUCCUCUGAACUGAGCCCACAAUUCCAAAACAAAAAUAACAACCCAUCAGUCACUCAGUUGAUUGAAUUCCCAUUUAUAAGGUCUGAUUCAAUGGCGGGAAUGAUGUUCAAUACUCCACAAGCAGCAUUACCUAGCAGCACAGAUUACGGGUCAGUUGGAAUGUCCACAAUGGGUGGUUCUUAUCUUCCAGGAGAAUGGUCUCGGCCAAGGAAUGGGCAGGGGCUAGAGGAUUUUUACUCACAGGAAAUUCGGCUGAGGAGUUCAGAGAUGUUGGAGAGUGAUGAUAUGCAGAGACUGCUAAAGACGUUUGGCGUGGGUGUUGGAGUUGGAAUGGGGUCUGGUUUUGACCAUUCUGAUGAGUCUUGUUACUCUUACGAUGUUCCAUAUGAGAAUCAGGUGGACCAGACAUAUGGGCAGGAGAUUGGCCGAAGUUCAGGAAAGGCUGUUGUGGGAUGGCUUAAGCUAAAAGCCGCUCUAAGAUGGGGGAUAUUUGUAAGAAAGAAAGCUGCAGAGAGGAGAGCUCAGCUUGUUGAACUUGACUAAGAUGAUCACUUGGAUCAAUCUUGACCUUGGGGUCUGAAAGAACUUGCUUUUAGUGCCUCUAUAAUUCUGUUUGACUGCUUAGAAAUCAUGGGAAAGGAAAAUAAAAGGACUUGAAACCUAGGCAUUACUCACCUAUUAAAGAUUUCCGAGUUUUCUUUUCUUUCCUUUCCUCCGACUUCUUGUUUUUGGGCAUGAAAGGUAAAACAGAGAAGAGUACAGAGACGAAGAAAUAUGCCUGUACCAUAUAUCAAUGUUGAAGGUUUUGACUUCGCUUCUUGAUACAAUGGAAGUGUUGCUUGUAUUAAUAUUAUUAUUAUUUUUUUCUUUUCAUUUAUUUGGUGAAAACCCUGUUAUAUAGAUCUCUCUUGUGUCCGUGGUUAUCUAUUUAGUAUUUUCUCAAUAAUAAAGGAUUAUAUUAUAUAUAUAAAAGAGCAGCACAUUAUCCAUGUAUUCAAA